AUGAUUAAUCUCAACAAAAAGCAGAUCGAACCAAUUAAUCAAUUCUGCAUACCACCCUUAAUAAUUCAGUUUCAAUAUUGACCAAAAUAUCAGAAUGAAAUGCUUAUCAGUUUAACUCUUCCUAUAAAUUAGAGAUUUUUUAUGCAAAAAUAGAAUUUUUUCGGAUGUUUUUGUUAGCUCAUGGAGGUGGGAGAGUAAAGAACUGCAUAAGACUCAAAAAUAAUUAUAAUCAUGCUGAACUGGACCGAAACUUAUGGAGAAGAAGCAAGAGAAGUUGAUAUCUAUAG